UCACAGCCUCCACUGUGUUUUUGCAUAGGACGCGGGUGUAUUCAUUACGGGAACCGUUUAUCGUUUAAGACUAAACGGAAGCAAACAGAGCAAAACGAGACUUUAUAUUGAACAAAUUUCGGUAGGUCCCUCCCCGUCAUUCCGUUUGCUUCCGUUUAAGAAACGUUUUGCAACCGAAUCGGCGUAAUGAAUACGCUCCAGGGUUAUCAAUGGAAGAUGGCGACCCGAGUCCUUCAGAGAUUUGGCAAUGGCCUGAAUCAGGCUAGAAAAACGGCCCAGUCGACAGGACAGAUCGUCGUUUUAAGCAGGGGGUUGUCAGCAUCAAACCAUAGGAAUCGUGAAGAUAGCUGGUUCAAGUCGCUAUUUGUGCGUAAAGUUGAUCCCAGAAAGGAUGCCCACUCCCACUUGCUAACCAAGAAUGAGGAAAGCAACCUCUACAAAAUCCAGUUCCAUAACGUGAAACCAGAGUGCCAGGAUGCCUACAACCAGCUUUGUGAGGAGACCCUACCAUCUAUCCAUAAUGAUAAGUACUAUCCCUGUGAGCUCGUGGGUACCUGGAACACCUGGUAUGGAGAGCAGGACCAGGCUGUCCAUAUGUGGCGGUAUAGAGGAGGGUACCCAGCUCUGACUGAGGUCAUGAGCAAACUCAGGCAGAACAAGGAGUUCAUGAAGUACCGGGAGGAGAGAGGAAAGAUGCUGUUGUCUCGUAGGAACCAACUGCUCCUGGAGUUCAGCUUCUGGAAUGAGCCCAUCCCCAGGAAGGGACCCAACAUCUACGAGCUCAGGUCCUACCAGCUCAGACCUGGCACCAUGAUUGAGUGGGGUAAUUACUGGGCCAGAGCUAUUGGCUACCGCCAGCACAACAGUGAGGCUGUGGGAGGGUUCUUCUCCCAGAUCGGAAACCUCUACAUGGUGCACCACCUCUGGGCUUACAAAGACCUUGAGGCCAGAGAAGCCACAAGGAACGCAGCUUGGCAACAUGAGGGUUGGGAUGAGGUUGUGUAUUAUACAGUUCCUCUCAUUCAGCAUAUGGACUCCAGAAUCAUGAUCCCAAUGAAGGCUUCCCCGCUGCAGUAACCUAUGAGAGAACACAGAAGGCCGAACGCCAAGCCUCACCUGUUUAAAUGUAACAAAAAGUCUAAAAUCUCACUGCCGUGGUCUCAACCUCUAAUUAAUGUUGCCAACCAACCAACCUCCCUCUGAUUUGGUUUGUCUUUUACUUUACCCAUUUCUGACUUUGCACCAGCAAACAAUAUUUGGUACUUAAAAAACAUCACUGAGACACAGGAGGUUAAAGUAUUAUCAUAUCCCAUCUUGACGCUGUUGGCUAAAAUACUUUUCCCAUAAUUGAAAGAACUGUAAAGCACUGGCAUGAGAGCUCACAACUGCUUUUUUGUCCUUGGGAGACUGGAUGGGCAAAAUCAGCAUAUUGAAACCUGAUAGUGGUUGGGUGGAGAACUGAUGUCCAACGUACUGGGUCAUAUUAACACUGAUCACUUGGCCACAGCUGAUGUAGUCUAUUUUUAGAACCAACCAAAGUGCUGCUUUGAAAAAAGAGGGCUAGCCUAGCAGUGUGUUCUGUUUGCAGUGAAUAAGAAUUGAGCUAAUACAUUGGCUAACUAUUUACAUUUACAUUUUAGUCAUUUAGCAGACGCUCUUAUCCAGAGCGACUUACAGUUAGUGAGUGCAUACAUUUUCAUACUGGCCCCCUGUGGGAAACAAACCCACAACCCUGGCGUUGCAAGCGCCAUGCUCUACCAACUGAGCUACAGGGGACUUUACAAAUAUGGCACGACUUGACAAAUAUCACUAUACAUGCACAAUGUGUGAUUUAGCGGUAUUUUUUUAAUUUAAUGUACAUAUUGAAUAAAUAUAUGAAUCACAUUGUUGCAUUGCAAAAUUACGCUUUUGGAUGAAAUCUAAGAAAUGACUAAAAUGAGUUCUAGAAAGACAGUCCAAAUGGCAAAAGUGCAUUGUUACUGUAUUUUGUCAACGGAGAGAAUAUCUACUAAAUGGUCAAUUAUUUAACUUUUAUGAAGUGAAGGCACUGAGCGUGAACAUUAUUUAUUGGGAUCAUUUGUGUAUUAGUAUUGUACUGUUAGACAUUUACUGCACAGCUGGAGCAUUUCGCUGCACCUACUUUAGCAUCUGAUAAUCUGAGUACACAACAAUUAAACUUUGAUUUAUUUGAGAACUGGUAUGAUGAAUACAGAGCUAAAGGCCAUGCCUAUUUUAACCCUAAAUGUCUUCUGUGAAUUUUUUCAAGUACUUGUAUUGAUUGCAAUCGUGGGCUUUCUCUCCCUAUUUCUUUCCCAUCUGCAAUAAGCUUGACGUGUUGUUAUUGUACUGGUUUAGUGAACAUGGCUUGUUUUACCCUUGUGGAGAAAAUAUUGCAUGUCCAGUUUUUCCAAGACGUUUUAUCAGAUUUUAACAUGUUUCUGGUUGGGCAUAAUGAAUAAUCUAUUCUGUAAAGGGUUAAACCACAAGUCUAAUAUUAUCAUGGAAUAUUUCUGUGCAAUGUACAACUACCGAUGUACUGAAAUGAAAAUCUAAUUGUGGAGUCAUGCUGCUACUCAUGAUUUUAAAGAGGUUUCAGGGUUGAUAGUAGCAUGCCUCAUACUAGUUUUAUUCCCUGAUUUACCGGGUAUUUAUUACACAAAGGUGGCAAGAAUUGUCAGCACAUAAAGUUAUUCAAAGAGAAA